CCAUAGACGAAGGAGUGUUUUGUGUACUGCUAGGCCUGCAAAUAUCCACCGAAAUAAGACAGAAAAGGCAAUUGUGCCGUGACAUUUAAAGAGGUGACAGGUUCAGGUGAAACUGGACGAAGAUGCAAUUCUGUCCAAAAGAUAGUUUAGACUUAUUAACAGACACAUUUCUUAAUUAGAAAAAAAUGAAUUGGUCUGGUGAAAAAUGAUUGCAUGAGUGUAAAUCAAAGCUGGCCUAAACGGAUCGUAUGUAGAGCCACAGCACCCGAACAAGAGAGCAUCCGAGCACCGUUUGCGGAUGUGAAGAAGGGACCCAAGUUAAUGUUAUUUGGGGGAGUAACCGGCAGCUAACCUACGGCCGACUUGCUUUCCUCUGGGAUACCGGCAGGCUUUACUGGACGCUGCAGGCUGCAGAUGACGUGACAGAGGAGGAUGAUCUGGGUCUAGUAGCCACACAGCCGUGCUCAUCUGCAUUACGCUGAAUUCUAUGUCACAGCCUCUUCCCCAAGCACCCACACCAGUUCGUCUGCGCCACUUGCUAUAAUGGAUUGGGCCACACCAGCUGCCAAACUGAAUCCCUACACCCGGGCCCGCAUGUCAGAGGCCUGGCAGCAGCAUGCGGUCGCUCCACCUCCGGUCGUCCACACCAUCCCCCCGGGGUCGGAGAGCACGCUUGGCUGUGCAGUGUAUGGCAUCGUGCUGCAGCCGGACGCCACGUCUUUACAGCAGCAGGCCCAGCACGGGCAGCACAGCCAGCAGCACAGCGGGACUCCGCAGCACGGAGGCGGGCAACACGGCCAGCAGCAGCAUCCCACCCAGGCUCAGCAGCCCUCCCUGCAGGUAGGGGCAGAGGGAGGACACAAGUGCGGGGCCUGUGGACACGACAUCUCCCACCUGGCCAACCCGCACGAGCAUCAAUGCAUGGUGAACCAGGACAGGUCGUUUCAGUGCACCCAGUGCAUGAAGAUCUUCCACCAGGCAACGGACUUGCUGGAGCACCAGUGCGUUCAGGUGGAGCAGAAGCCGUUUGUGUGUGGGGUGUGUAAGAUGGGCUUCUCCCUGCUCACUUCCUUAGCCCAUCACCACACGUCCCACAACAGCACCAACCCCAUGAAGUGUUCGAUAUGCGAGAAGACCUACCGGCCGGGCUCCUCCGGCAACAUCACGCCCAACUCGACGAACGCCCAGCAGCCCACUAGCGACGGGGCGUCUGCGAGCAGCAGCUCGUCCAUCCUGCCCUUCCCGUCGUCGCGGGACCGGCCGUAUAAAUGCUCUGUCUGCCAGAAGGGCUUCAGACACCUGUCAGAACUCACGCGGCACGAGCGGGUGCACACGGGGGAGAAGCCCUUCAAGUGUGACACGUGUGACAAGGCCUUCAGCCAGUCGUCCCACCUGCAGCACCACCAGCGGACGCACAGCAGUGAGCGCCCGUUCAAGUGUGCCGUGUGCGAGAAGAGCUUCAAGCAUCGCUCCCACCUGGUGCGCCACAUGUACGUGCACUCGGGCGAGCACCUGUUCAAGUGCAACCUGUGCGAGUUGCACUUCAAGGAGUCGUCCGAGCUCCUCCAUCACCCCUGCCACCCGCAAGGCUCCCGCCCGUUCCGCUGCGCGGCGUGCGGCAAGGGCUUCAAGCGGCCGUCGGACCUCCGGCAGCACGAGCGCACGCACUCGGAGGAGCGGCCCUUCCACUGCGACGAGUGCCAGAUGAGCUUCAAGCAGCAGUACGCGCUGGUGCGCCACCGGCGCACGCACAAGGACCCGAGUGACCGGCCCUUCAAAUGCAACCUGUGCGACAAGGGCUUCAUGCAGCCCUCGCACCUCCUCUACCACCAGCACGUCCACGGCAUGGACAACCUGUUCAAGUGCGCCUCGUGCCAGAAGGAGUUCAGCCAGUCGGGGGAGCUGCUCCGGCACAAGUGCGGCGAGCCGUCCAACUCGUCGCCCGACAAGCCGUACAAGUGCGACGUUUGCGGCAAGGGCUACAAGAAGAGCUCCACGCUGCAGCGCCACCAGAACUCCCACUGCCAGGAGAAGCCCCUGAAGUGCUCGUUGUGCGACCGCCGCUUCCUCUCCUCCUCGGAGUUUGUCCAGCACCGCUGCGACCCGUCGCGGGAAAAGCCGCUGAAGUGCCCCGAAUGCGAGAAGCGCUUCAAGUACUCGUCGGACUUGAACCGGCACCGGCGGGUGCACACGGGGGAGAAGCCGUACAAAUGCAACCACUGCAACAAGGGCUUCAAACAGCGCGAGCACAUGACCAAGCACCAGAACACGCACUCCAGGGAGGGCCAGUUCAAGUGCGUUUGGUGCGGCGAGCGAUUCAGUGACUUGGGCUCUUUGCAGGAUCACACGGUGCAGCACACAGCCGAAGGAGGGGGCUACCCAGUGCCCCAGUGCUUAUAAAUGCUUUUAAAGACUUUGGAACAGACAGUUGCCCUUAACCUCCGGUCCUCCUGUCCAUCCGCUGUAUGCUGUUGCAUCUCCAUGUUUGCAUGACAGUACAGGCUGUUCAUCAUUGCAUUGAGUCGCACCGGGUGUACAUCACAUUUCUGUUGCUUUGCUAACCUGCCCUGAGCCUUUAAGUACUGUGACAAUGUCAUUCCAGAAGACCCAGAGCACUUUGCCUUUGCUUUUCCUGCUCAUUUCUGCCUCUAAUAUAUUUUUUCUCAAUAGGAGCAAGUACGUUAAACGGUGUACUAAACUAAUCUGUAGCGUCAAGUAUCCAUCUUAGCUGACUCGGACAGGGACUGUCUUUGCUGCUGCAGGGGUCCUUCCCUUCGUUUUAUUUACUCUCCCUUUACCCCUGAUGACAUGUCAGUACUUCAGUUUGUCCCUCUUGUCUUCCUCUCACAUUGACCUAGUUUUGGUCCUCCUUCUCCUCCUCUUGUCUUCCUCUCACUUUUACUUAGUUUUGGUCCUCCUCCUGUCGUUUUCAGCGAUUGUUUUGACUAAACCCUCACAGACACACACACACAUGUACACCCAUUUGUUAAUGUCAGGUUCCUCCUCCCUCCCAGUAAUACAGAAAGUCCCUCACCCUUCAGUAUAGACAAAUAUUAAAGAAACAAUAUACCUAUAUUUACUUCAAACUGAUAUAAUGGCCAUAUUCCUGCAGAUGUUAACGCUGUUCUAAUUUGUAUCGAAUCUGUCUUCUUUAGAACAUUACAGUCCAUCGCUCAGCCUGUACAUAGUGUGUGUGUGUGUGUGUGCGCACAUAGUCAAAUGUGUCUUUCUUAAAAUCUAAAUAUGUGAGAACUGUUUUUGUAUUCUUGCAAUUUUCAACAAUGUAAAAUGUUUUUGACGAAUGUCCUUAUUUUUUAGUAGUCCGUGUAGUGAUUGUAUCUGUGUUGCAGGGAAUUUCAAAGAGCAACCUGUGUGUGUGUGUGUGAGAUAGAGAAAGAGAGAAUGUAAAUCUUUUUGUGUCAAACAGGGAACUUCAGACUGUAGAGAAAUGUAUUAGAAAUGUUUAGGCAGACCGGCGUCCCUGUUUUAUACAUUUUCUUUGUUUUUCAUUCAGCUGUUUUUUGCAGAAAGAGCCUGUGUUCAAAAUGUUAAAAAAAAUGAAUACAAACAUUGUUUCUUGUGCUGAGCGCCUGUCCGUCACGGCAGGCCUUCAUUAGGUUUUCCUACCGGGGUGAAUGCCAUGAGAUUGUAGUUGCACUUGAGACGCCCGGAGUACACGCUGGUUGGCGUGAUCGUGGUUCCUUUGGGCUCUGUAAUGAAUGCAAAUGAAGGAGGCCAAGGGGACUGAUGUGUUUCCUUUUUAUUCUGGCAGUCACUUUUCUUUUUGUCUUCAGCCUUAAACACUCUCCCUCCCUUCCUCAUCUUCUGCUUUCUGUCCCUGUCCGUCAUCAUACGAGGUCAGGUGGUCGCUCUCACCGGCCACUGUGUCUUUACUUCCUGAACGUGGCAUUAUGAGACUGAGAACAACUUUCUUUUUUUUAUUGUUUCACAUUUGUUUGUAUAUUCUUUUUGUUAGUAAUCUUAUUAAUUAUAUGAAAAGGUGUAUUCCUCGGUGGAGAGACCAGGGCCCCACUGGGGAGGGGAAGAUGACAUGUUUUGCUCAGCUUUCUAUGUAGGAUUGUCUUUUUUCAAAGCCAAAUCACAAUCUCCAAACAUGAAUUCCUUAGCUGUUGUGUAAAAGUGGAAUCAUACAAUACACAUAAAAAAAAAAUCAAUAAGGCUGGUUUCAGAUUUUCCAAGAAAUACAAGAGCACAAUCAAAGGAAAGUCCGUAAUGCAUUGGCCUGGUGGGCUCAUGUGCAACGUUAACGGACCGCGAGAAGCACUGCAAAGCAUCUGAUCAAUCCCAGGGUUUAAAUGCUCAAACUCACUGUCCAGUGCGCAGUCAGGCGAAGCAGAGGAACAUCUUCUGUAUGAGCACAAAUAGAAAUAUCGUCUCUGACCUUCCCUGUUCCAACCCUGUCAGACCCUGGUUUCUCCCGCUCUCUGCAUGCUUGCUGUGUUACUUCCUGUGUUCCUCCCUCCUCUUUCUCUUCCUCUACACAGCACUGUCCCUCCCCAAGCCUUUUUUUUCAAAUUGUACUGUAGUUCAUGUGAAUGAUAAUAGGAGAUGAAAGAAAAAAAAAAACGUUGUGGUGCCGUACAGUAUGUUUACAUUCAUGCUGAGAUUAUCGUAUGUAUGUAGCAUUUGAUUACACAGCACUAACAAUUAAACUUUUUUCAUCUAUAAAUCCACUUGAGUUCUGAGGUUAUUGAAGGAGGAAGAACACAUUGUUCUUGUGAUUUUAAAGGAGUUCUUGAUAGUUUUGGGAGUUUUAAACUAAUGGAAAUAGUUCUUUAAAAAUCCCCCCAUGUGUAAUAGAAUGUUACAGGUUGCACUGUAAUUUAUCAGAUACAUUUCUUAUCGAGGAGGAUGACAAAGUAUCACAUCAUAUUAAUUGCACAAUAUAAUGCAUGCAAAUUAAUGUGUUUUUUUUACUUUGAAGAGAGCCAUACAAAUGUAAAAGUUAAAAUAGUCAAACGCUUUGACAGAAAUCAAGCCUUUCACAUCCUCUCCACUAGGGGCGCUGUGAACGUCACAUUGCUCCUCGCCGCCCAGGCAGCCAGCGGCUCCACAUCCGGGCGGCUGGCUCCUCUUCAUUCGCAGGUCGUUUCACUUCCCUUUGCCCUCUCGGCCACCAGGGAGGUCUGUGGCCGCAGAAGAAAAACCCUCCAGGGUAACGGGCUCCUCCGUAGGCGUCUGGUGGCGGGCUCCCCAGGCCCGUCCCAUCCCAACGAGUCGCCGCUCCCCCCCCCCCGCACAGCCGGUCGCACAUGACGCGAGCUCCGCCGAUGGUGGUGCCCGGCGCCGCGCGCUACCCGUCGGUGCGACAUCUCCGCGCGGAAGUAGCAUCGCUGGCUAACGUUAGCUAACAACAUCGAUUUCUCUGCUGCUCCACCCUCAUCAAUCCCAUCCCCUCUCCCUCCGGCCGACCCCUGCUACCGAUCCAUCUCAUCAACAGCUCCCCCCCCCCCCCCUCUCUCCUCACCACGUCCCCCCAUCCCCCUGGCCGUCCAUCGGCCAGCGCAGGAAGCUUGCCUGUAACUCAACAUUCCGAUGCCUCCGAGACCCUGUUUGUGACCUCCGCUGCAUUCCUCCCCCCGUUCUAUGAGACCCCACCUAUACCUGCCCCGCCG